GCAGGGGAUGUUCACAUUGUCAGAGGGGACUUUGAUGAGAACCUGAAUUACCCUGAACAAAAGGUGGUAACAGUGGGUCAGUUCAAAAUCGGCCUGAUCCACGGGCACCAAGUAAUUCCCUGGGGCGACAUGGCCAGCCUGGCGCUGCUGCAGAGGCAGCUGGACGUGGACAUUCUCAUCUCUGGGCACACACACAAAUUUGAGGCCUUUGAGAAUGAGAACAAGUUUUACAUCAACCCAGGGUCAGCCACAGGGGCCUACAAUGCACUGGAAAGCAACAUUAUACCGUCUUUCGUCCUGAUGGACAUCCAGGCGUCCACAGUUGUCACGUACGUGUACCAGCUCAUCGGCGACGACGUCAAAGUGGAAAGGAUUGAGUACAAGAAAUCUUAAACGGGCCGUGCCACAAGGGUACCAGCCUUCAGUGAGAAGAGCCAGAGGUGCCAGCAUCAAGGAUGCUCGUCAGUCCAUUCCUUUCUAUCUGCAGCUCCACAACAUCGCAACAAUGUCAGUUCUGUACUAUAAAUAUUCACCAUUUGGUCGAGAAAAGAAAUGUAAUAUACUGUUUAUAUAUGUGAAAGUCGACAGCGCUCGCUUGCAUUUCGUCUUGUCAACUGACUGCUGUAGAGGAUGCAAUAAUGGCAGGUUAAUUGCAUUAUGUCUUCAAGGAUGUACUGUGGUGCCACUUUUUGUAUUUUUAGUUAUUUACAUAUUAUUUCUAUGUCCUGUCAAUAACUUGGGCUUUCAGAUAUUAGGCCUUCCUCCCACUCACACACCCUCUUCUUUGUAAAAUCAUGUGUCCCUAUAAUAAAUCUACAGACAUCA